GCAAGAGCACCAAAUUUAAUCCCAAAUUCACUAUGCUUCCUCUUGAUUUUAACGAAUUUCGCGAAAAGGUUUCCACUCAGUUCAGGCCGUGGCACCGCUCAUUCCAAUUCUGGGUUCGAGCUGUUGAUAUCUACACUGGUUACAAGGUGUUUCAAGUGCGAGUAAAUUUUGAGAGAGAUGCGGCGAAGAGGGAGGUAAUGUGGGAGAAUCAGCACCAGCUUGCUGCUGAUAAGAUAUACAAUAUGUGUGCUGAUCUCGGCGGUUUUUUUCUUAAGGUGGCUCAAAUUAUUGGGAAGCCAGACUUGGCUCCUGCGGCCUGGGUGAAAAGGCUAGUCACACUGUGUGAUCAGGCCCCACCUACUCCGUACAAUGUGGUCAAGGUUGUGUUGGAGAAGGAAUUGGGUCGAAGUAUUGAUGAACUGUUUGAUAGAUUUGAUAUCGAACCUCUUGGUUCUGCAUCAAUUGCACAGGUCCACAGAGCAAGACUAAAAGGUGAUAAAACUGAUGUCGUUGUAAAGGUUCAGCAUCCUGGUGUGCAGGAUCUGAUGAUGACUGAUAUUCGCAAUCUGCAAGCUUUCGCCUUAUACAUGCAAAAGACAGAUAUAAGAUUUGAUCUGUACUCUGUAACUAAAGAAAUGGAAACACAGAUUGGAUAUGAGUUCAAUUUUCUGAGGGAAGCAGAUGCGAUGGAGAAAAUUCGCCAUUUCCUUUAUGAAAAUAACAAAAAGUCCCCAGUUUCAGUUCCUCGAUUGAUUGGGAAUAUGAACACAAGGAGGGUUCUGGUAAUGGAAUAUAUUGAUGGAAUUCCGAUUCUGAGGCUUGGAGAUGAGAUAGCAAAAAGAGGCAUAAAUCCUGAGGGUAAGGUAGCGGCAGCAGCAAAGCAGAACAUCCUAAAAAGUUUGACUCUGGCUUAUGGACAAAUGAUAUUGAAGAGUGGGUUCUUUCACGCCGAUCCUCAUCCUGGGAAUAUUUUAAUUUGUAGAGGUUCUCAGGUGGCGUUGCUUGAUUAUGGGCAAGUGAAGGAUCUUCCUAAUCAAUUAAGAUUAGGAUAUGCUAGUCUGGUGCUUGCUCUUGCAGAUAACGAUCCAAUCAGGGCAUCAGAAAGCUACAGGGAGCUUGGCAUAGACACCUUAAGCAACUGUGAGGAUGAGCAGACGGAGUUGUUUAGAUUGGCUCAAACUAUGUUUGAUACAAAGCUACCUCCUGGUGUAACUAUGUUGCAACCAUUUGCAGAAGAAUCUUCGAUUAAAAAAAUUGGCGUUGAGGCUUUCCCAGAAGAACUGUUCUCUGUUCUUCGCACGGUGCAUUUGUUGAGGGGGCUGAGUGUUGGGCUUGGAAUCAACUACUCGUGCGCUGAGCAGUGGAGACCCAUCGCUGAAGAAGCUCUGUAUCGUGCUGGGCGACUAGCAGAGAAGGACCUCAAAACAACUUCGAUUCGAAAACGUGGUUUUUUCAGAGGAUUGUGUGGGAGAUAGGAGUGACAUUUACAGGAAACAGAAGAAUAGGGAUUGUUGAAAGCAUGUCAUCUGGCUUCUCCCAGGUCACAGACUCACCACCAACCAGGAAGGCGCCAUGUAGCGGGGGCGCGUGUCCCGCAAAAUCGGGAUCAGCCCCUCUACGCGGGAGGCUCGCUGGGACGUGCCAGCACCCCAUCGGGCUGACAGUUAUGGGUGCUAUAGUACUGUUAUGUGUUUUUAAGAUGUCUCUUGCGAAUAAUAGUCAUCAUUUGUAUAGAAAAUUAUAAUGAAUCCUGUUAAUACGAAUCCUGAUU